AAUAUCACCGCCUGACAUCAACUUUUUUUUUUAUGGGCGGAUGAUUAAUUGUUUGAAAGACAGCAAAGUUCAGGGGAAAAUUACAGAAAUGGAGCAUCUGAAUCUGACAAGCUGAUGAGCAAGCACCACUCAAUGGAUCACGUUUGCAGCGGAUCUGGUAAGUAUCGCCUGUGUCCGUUGCUGAGCGGCCUGCAUCAAUGAGGGGAGCUCCCCAAUUGACCUUUAAUGAGAUCGUUUCCAGAGCUGGUAAUCUGCUUGUAAAUAACAUACUUCCCACAUUCCGCAGCUCUUCCAGGGAAUCGCCAUUUAUUAUAUUUUUAUUAUUUUUUGUUUAUUUCCUCAUUUUGACUUUGCCGCCUUGUGGGCACCGUGGUGUCUGCUUUUGCGGGUCCAUAACCACUUAUUGUGGCCGAGCAUUCGAAAGAUCUGCUCCAAUGCCCCUUGACCGAGAGCAAGGUCCAGCUUAAAAGCUGAUUUCCCCGUCUUCUUUUCAGAGCCUAGGGACUCUGUACAUAUAUUUUUCAUCUCCUCGCUCUCCCCCUACCCUUGCUAGCAUACCCCCCUCAUACACUCAACAACCCCACCGAAGCAUCAAUUCUACCGGGUGUCCUCCGAAUAUUCACAAUGUUCAACCCUGCCAUCGCUCGCCAGGCCGUAAAGGCUGUUAGCCAGACUACACGUCCAGCUGCGCUGGCUGCGACGCCACGACACUUCCUCCGACCCCUCUCUACCACAGUUUCCCGCCUCCAGAAAGAUGACAAGAAGGAUCCCUUUGUGCAGGCGACCACCAAAGCUCCCAAGGGUGCCGCCGGCGAGCAGGAGGGUAAAUAUGCCCGUACCGACGAGAGCGUCGUUAUCGAGUACCCCGAUGAUGAACACAUGCCGCGCAGCCCUGUUGUCCAGGGUCGCGGAGGAAUGCACUUCAAGCGCACACUUGCUCAAUUCUCGCUUGAGAAUAGGACCACCAUCGUCACCGGUGGCGCUCGUGGUCUUGGACUGGUUAUGGCGCAAGGAAUCGUGGCUUCGGGUUCCAACCUCGCCAUUGUUGACUUGAACCGGGAGGAGGCUGAGGACUCCGCAAAGAAGCUUGUGGAGCAAUUCCGGAAGGAGAACCCUGGUUUAGAAGAACUGCCUAAUGUCACUGCUCACUAUGCCGACGUCUCCAACCCUGACUCUGUCAACAACGCCCUCUCCGAAAUAAUCUCCAAGCACGACAAGAUCGAUCACCUGGUUACAUCCGCAGGGUUCACUGAGAAUUUUGAUGCUAUAAGCUACCCAUACGAGCGCAUGCAGAAGCUCUGGGGUGUCAACGUGGAUGGCACCUACCUCUUCGCCACUGGUGUCGCAAAGCAUCUAAUGGAGCGCAAGGCUCCUGGAAGCAUUGUUAUGAUUGGCAGCAUGUCAGGUUCGAUUGUCAAUGUUCCCCAGCCUCAAGCUCCCUACAACGCUGCCAAGGCUGCCGUCCGUCAUCUUGCUUCCUCCUUCGCUGUUGAAUGGGCAGGACAAGGCAUCAGGGUCAACUGCAUCAGCCCCGGAUACAUGCUGACUGCCUUGACCCGCAAAAUUCUAGACGAGAACCCCGACCUACGCGACAAGUGGAUCUCGCUUAUCCCAGCUGGCAAGAUGGGCGUGCCGGAAGAUCUCAUGGGCGCAGUGACUUUCCUUCUCAGUGACGCAUCCAAGUACAUUACUGGUGCCGAUCUGCGUGUGGACGGUGGCUACACCCUCACCUAAGGGCUCAGUUUCGCAACCCUCGCCACCUCCAAUCAGCCUUUUUAAUAUUCGACGCGACAACUGGACGGGGUGCUUACUUUUCUCUUACGGUCUUUUACGGAGUUUUCUUUCGUCACGGCGGGUUUCGUCCUCGAACUUUACUUUUCUGCGGUGGAUGCUGCACAGGUCCGUUGAAUCGCAUAAUGACACAGCAUAAUUUUAUCCUUGAGAUGAGCGGAUGAUAUUCUUUUGAGAGCGAAAAGUGGUACGCCGUAUAUUAACGGUCGCAUAUGUUUGCAUUUGAUAGACAUCUGGGGUUUCGUUGGUCAUAGCAUGAUGUCAUUGUCACUGUUGAAAUGAAAUCAAAUAAUCUUUCUGAUCUCAUCCUCGACUUUUCCGCAAUUUCACGCAAGAGACGAUAGGUUUCCUUGAGAUGAGGUCGAAUCUCUGAAUCCGAGCCGCAGAAAGGGAGAAGAAACAACAGUGAGCAUUGUUUCAUCAGCUUUGAACAGCUUAUGGUUGGAAAACAAAAUGGAGCAAUCAUCUUUGACACGAGAGUUUUUUAGGAACCGAUAUUGCCGCCUCCAAUUCUUGCAAUCCAGCGGUCUAGAGAUUUGCAUUGACUUGUUGUACCCCACCUGCAACUAUCCUUCCUCUUUCUGUCUAGCUCUGGGGUUGGGGUUUUGGUCCAUUUUCGGUUCAUUGGAGCUCGAAACCCUUCAGUCUUCU